UAUUUGUGAAGACUGCUGAUUUGCUACUUUUUUCCCUUGAUCUCAUUGAGUGGUUGUGCAUUCUUAAUUUUCUUAAUCAAAGCUUCAUAUGAUCAUGCGAGCUAACAAAUGGUAAUUUGCAGAGGUGGAAGCAAUACUAAGAAGUUGCAAUGUAUGCAGGGAGAUUAAAGGCUAGAAACCAGAAAUGGGGUUUGGUGUUUCAACAAUCUAAAUUUUUAAUUUGGCCAAAGUACCAAAAAUAUGCUUUUUCUCGUUCUUUGAGGCACAUAAAUAUUGAAAGGUGUUCAUCACUUGAUAGUUCAAUCAGAAAAUAUUUCUUUGAUUCAUUUGCAUCUCGCGGUAUAGUCUGUGGACGCAGUUAUGCUUGUUUGUCUGGGAGGUUUAGUAUGUGUUUGAAAAAUGGCCAGUUACGUGUUUAUAGUUCUGAAGGUGAUGGAAGGAAUGCUAGUGAGGAUAAUCACAGACCUGUGAAUAAUGACCCUAACUUUGAUAAGGGGAAAACUCGACGGGAGAAGGUUAGAGAAGAUUUGAAGCAUUUUUCCGAUGCACAUGCUCGGCUUGGUGAGCAGGAUCAAAAGGAAUGGCUCAACAAUGAAAAGCUUGCCCUUGAUAGUAAGAAAAAGGAAUCGCCUUUUUUAACGAGGCGUGAAAAGUUUAAAAAUGAGUUUGCACGGAGAAUUCUUCCAUGGCAGAAAAUACACGUUUCUUGGGAGACCUUUCCUUACUACAUUCAUGAAAACACAAAAAAUCUUUUGGUGGAAUGUGCAGCCUCUCACCUAAAGCAUAAGAAGUUCACUGCUUCAUAUGGUUCUGGAUUGGCAUCAUCAAGUGGAAGAAUAUUGCUUCAGAGUAUUCCUGGUACUGAGCUUUAUCGAGAGAGAUUAGUUAGAGCACUUGCGCGUGAUUUAAAAGUGCCCCUGCUAGUGCUUGAUAGCAGUAUUCUUGCUCCUUAUGAUUUUAGUGAUGAUUGCUCAGAGGGUGAAUCAGAUGAUGAAAAUGUAGUGUCAGCUGAUGAUACUGCUUCAGAGUCAGAGGCUGAAGAUGAGAAUGAUGCAACUAAUGAAGAAGAGUGGACAAGCAGCAAUGAGGCAAGAACAGAUUGUAGUGAUAAUGAUGAAGCUGGUGUAGAAGCUACUGCUGAAGCCGCACUCAAGAAGCUAGUGCCAUACAACCUAGAAGACUUUGAGAAGAGGGUCUCUGGAGAACUAGAGAGCUCCAGUGAGUCAUCUAAAGCGGAGGCUAUUGAAGCUGAGAAAACCAAACGUCCACUUAAGAGAGGGGAUCGUGUGAAGUACAUCGGCCCUUCUGUACAAAUUGAAGCUGAUGACAGGGUUAUAUUGGGGAAGAUACCGACAUCUGAUGGUCUGACAAAUGCCUUUAUCAUUAUCCAUGGCAGGGCAUUGUCAAGUGGGCAACGCGGGGAGGUAUAUGAGGUGAGUGGAGACAGAGUUGCUGUCAUAUUGGAUGUUGGUGCUGAAGAUAAAUCACGAGCGGAAGAUGAAAAGCUCUCAGAAAAGCCUUCAAAACCCCCAGUUUAUUGGAUAGAUGUCAAGGACAUUGAGCAUGAUUUUGAUACUCAAGCAGAAGAGGGCUAUAUUGCCAUGGAGGCUUUGUGUGAGGUUUUGCACUCCAUGCAACCACUUAUUGUCUAUUUUCCAGAUUCCUCUCAAUGGUUGUCUAGGGCUGUUCCCAAGUCAAAACGCAAGGAGUUUGUAUCCAAGGUUCAAGAAAUGUUUGACCAAUUAUCAGGUCCUCUUGUUUUGAUUUGUGGGCAGAACAAAGUUGAAACAGGGUCGAAGGAGAAAGAGAAAUUUACUAUGAUACUUCCAAAUUUUGGUCGUCUUGCAAAACUGCCUCUCUCUUUGAAGCGCCUCACUGAGGGACUCAGGGCUACAAAAAGAUCAGAUGAUAGUGAAAUAUAUAGGCUCUUCACCAAUGUUUUACGUCUAUAUCCUCCUCAGGAGGAAGAUCAGCUUAGGACUUUCAAUAAACAGGUCGAAGAGGACAGAAGAAUUGUGAUAUCACGAAGCAAUUUGAACGAAUUACACAAGGUUCUUGAGGAACAUCAGCUAUCAUGCGUGGACCUUUUGCUUGUAAACACUGAUGGCGUGAUACUGACAACAAAGAAAGCUGAGAAAGUUGUUGGCUGGGCAAAAAAUCAUUAUUUAUCGUCUUGCUUGCUUCCUUUCAUUAAAGGGGAGAGGUUGUAUCUGCCCCGGGAAAGCCUUGAAGUUGCAAUUUUAAGGUUGAAGGAGCAGGAAGCUUUGUCUCGAAAGCCCUCGCAUAGCUUGAAGAACCUUGCAAAGGACGAGUAUGAAAGCAACUUUGUUUCAGCAGUGGUACCUUGUGGUGAGAUUGGUGUCAAAUUUGAUGAUAUAGGUGCUCUUGAAGAUGUAAAGAAGGCAUUGAAUGAGCUAGUCAUUCUUCCCAUGAGCAGGCCAGAGCUUUUCUCUCACGGGAAUUUACUGCGGCCUUGCAAAGGAAUAUUACUUUUUGGUCCUCCUGGUACUGGUAAAACCCUUCUGGCCAAGGCACUUGCGACAGAAGCAGGAGCAAACUUUAUGAGCAUUACCGGUUCCACCCUUACAUCAAAGUGGUUUGGAGAUGCGGAAAAGCUUACAAGGGCUCUCUUCUCCUUUGCCAGCAAGCUAGACCCUGUCAUUAUCUUUGUUGAUGAGGUUGACAGUUUGCUUGGUGCUCGUGGCGGUGCUUUUGAGCAUGAGGCUACUAGAAGAAUGAGAAAUGAAUUUAUGGCAGCUUGGGAUGGUUUGCGGUCAAAAGACAGCCAAAGAAUACUCAUCCUUGGUGCCACAAAUAGGCCGUUUGAUCUUGAUGAUGCUGUUAUCCGUCGCUUACCAAGACGGAUAUACGUGGACCUACCAGAUGCAGGAAAUCGUAUGAAGAUACUGAAAAUAUUUCUUUCAACAGAAAAUUUAGAACCUGAUUUCAGGUUUGACGAACUUGCAAAUGAAACUGAGGGAUACUCUGGUAGUGAUUUAAAGAAUCUCUGUAUCGCUGCAGCAUACAGACCUGUUCAAGAACUUUUGGAGGAGGAAAGAAAGGAAGGCAGAAGUGCUGCAGCUCCAGUUUUAAGGCCACUUAACUUGAAUGACUUCAUUCAAUCAAAAGCUAAGGUGGGACCAUCAGUUGCAUAUGAUGCUGCAAGCAUGAAUGAGCUGAGGAAAUGGAAUGAACAGUACGGAGAAGGCGGAAACAGGAGAAGAUCACCUUUUGGUUUUGGAAGCUAGUCUUUUGUUUCAUUUUGUCUUUUCAUAAUUUAUUCUUGUUCUCAUUGAAGAAGAAAUGCCUAAAUCCAGUGGCGUUUUAUUCUGUCAAGAGGGAAAAUCUACUUUUCAUCCUUUUUGAAUGGAUGAUAUAGGCGGCAUCAACACAAAAUCUUAAAUGUAUUCUAGGCACAAAAGGUUAGGUAGAAAAGGCUUCUCUAAUAUUAAUAUUAUUUUUAGGCAGCCUGUUGCUGUUGGAAUGUUUCCCCGAAUUACAGGCUUCAAUUUUGCCAUGUAUAAUAUUAUUUUUUUUCCUCAAUCUCAUAAGUGAUUAUUAGGAAUAAUCUUAAAGGAAUUUUCCUCCA